AUGCUCACAAAUUCCUCACCAUUAAUAUCUAGAUCAAGACCUGCGUGUCAUCCAUGCCUAGACAUGGAAUUUAACCUUAAAAAUAUACCUCGAACAGCACAAUUUUCUCAUGUGAUCCAUUCUUACAGAAGUUUUAAAGGUAAAACCUGCACAAGAACAGGCCUAAAGAGAGUCGCAUGCGAUAGCAAAGAGUCGGGACCUCCGCCUCUGCCUCCACCUCCGGCCGACGAUCAAAGAGCUAUGGAGACAGUGCUGAAGCUUUUCGAAGCAAUUAAGAAUAGAAAUCUUAGUGAAAUGUCUGAUAUGAUCGCAGAAGAAUGCGUCUUCAUUUCCAACUUUAUUUCUGCUUUCCAACCUUUGCAUGGGAAGGAGCAAAUACUGGAUUUCUUCUCUUAUUUCAUGAAUAAAAUAGGAAAAAACAUUGUAUUUGUAGUGCAACCCACAUUGGAUGAUGGCAUGGUUGUUGGAGUAUCCUGGAAACUAGCAUGGGAUAAGUUUCCAGUAAUUCCUUUGGGAAAGGGUUACAGCAUCUACAUGUGCCAUUUGUACCAGGGAAAGGUGAUCAUAAAGAAUAUGGACAUGUUCAUGGAGCCAGUCCUUCACUUUGAACCUCUAAGACUGAAAACCAUAGCUUUGUUGAUGAAUGCAAUGGAAAAGCUGAAUCUUCAGGCUCUGUUGAAAGGCAAAGCAAAAGGAGCUUAUAAUAUUUUAUUUGCUCUUGCCUACGUUGCAGCGGUUGUGUUGUUCACAUUCAGUUUUUGGACAUAA